UAAUGACGUGUCAGUCUCCCGCAGACCCCGGAAGUGCAACUCGAAUUUGGCCGGGGCGCGGAUCCCGAGAGGGAAAGUCCUGACAACCGCACUAGGGAGUUCCACUAGCGAGCUGGAAGGCCACGCCUCCUCCCGCCUCUCCCCACAGCCCUGUAGCUGGGGGCAGAGCUCAGACUGUCUUCUGAAGAUUGAUGUCUAUUUCCUUGAGUUCUUUAAUUUUGUUGCCAAUUUGGAUAGACAUGGCUCAUAUCCACCAGGGAGGUCCAGAUGAAAAAGAAAAGACCACAGCACUGAAAGAUUUGUUAUCUAGGAUAGACUUGGAUGAACUAAUGAAAAAAGAUGAACCACCUCUUGAUUUUCCUGAUACCCUGGAAGGAUUUGAAUAUGCUUUUAAUGAAAAGGGACAGUUAAGACACAUAAAAACUGGGGAACCAUUUGUUUUUAACUACCGGGAAGAUUUGCACAGAUGGAACCAGAAAAGAUACGAGGCUCUGGGAGAGAUCAUCACGAAGUAUGUAUAUGAGCUCCUGGAAAAGGACUGUAAUUUGAAAAAAAUCACUAUUCCAGUAGAUGCUACUGAAAAUGAGCCAAAGAGUUUUAUCUUUAUGAGUGAGGAUGCUUUGACAAACCCACAGAAACUGAUGGUCCUAAUUCACGGUAGUGGUGUUGUCAGGGCAGGUCAGUGGGCUAGAAGGCUUAUUAUAAAUGAAGAUCUGGACAGUGGCACACAGAUUCCUUUUAUUAAGAGAGCUGUGCAUGAAGGAUAUGGAGUAAUAGUACUAAAUCCUAAUGAAAACUAUAUUGAGGUAGAAAAGCCGAAGAUACGUGUGCAGUCAACUUCUGAUUGUGCAGAUGAACCAGCAGAAAAAAGGGAAAGAAAAGAUAAAGUCUCUAAAGAAACAAAGAAACGACGUGAUUUCUAUGAAAAGUAUCGUAACCCUCAAAGAGAAAAAGAAAUGAUGCAAUUGUAUAUCAGAGAAAAUGGCUCUCCCGAAGAGCAUGCAGUGUAUGUUUGGGACCACUUCAUAGCCCAGUCCGCAGCUGAGAAUGUAUUUUUUGUGGCUCACAGCUAUGGAGGACUUGCUUUUGUUGAACUGAUGAUUCAACGGGAAGCAGAUGUAAAAAGUAAAGUAACCGCUGUGGCAUUGACAGACUCUGUUCACAACGUGUGGCAUCAAGAAGCCGGCAAAACGAUUCGGGAAUGGAUGAGAGAGAACUGUUGUAAUUGGGUCUCUAGCUCAGAACCAUUAGACACAUCAGUGGAAUCCAUGCUGCCUGACUGUCCCAGAGUCUCAGCAGGCCAAGAAAUUUUAAAUGAAAUACUAACAAAAAUGUAACACUUUUCAAUGCAAAGUGAAAGAAUCUUCAUCCUUUUUAUUUGAGGUUCCAGAAAUGACAUAUUCAAUAAAAAAUUGUAUCAUUUUUAUUUUUAAACAGAGUUCUUGCAUUAGUAAACAAUUUAUUUGGUGAAAAUCCUCUGUGCACACAUAUAUACUGUGUGAAUGCUUAGGAAACAGAAGGUGCUUGAAUUUGUGAGAUUUAAAUAUUUGCUUACAGUUGGUACAGUGAUGUUACAGUUGAAAUAAAACCAUAUACAAGCGAAAUGCCAGUUUCUACUGAGGCAAGUCUCGAUUUUCAGCCAUUGUUUUAAUGAAGACACUUACUCAGGGGAACAUCUUAGAAAUUUGUAGCAUGACUUCCUUCCAUAUGUAGUCUCUAGACUUUCUAUAAAAUUACUUGUGCUGAUCACAAAUAUAUGUUUACAUUUAAUUAUUUUAUCUGACUAUACAUAUUUUUAUAUUUCUGAUUUUCCAACAAAUACUAUUUAAUUUUGAAAACUAUAUAUAAUAACUUGGUUUCUCACAUUUUUCAUCUAAAAUAUAUACAUAUAUAUUGACAUUCAUAUCUUUAAAUGUAGCAUAUAAGUUACAUAGACUUUUGGUGGUAUGCAGAACACAGCAAGGAAAUGAUAAUACCCAGCAUCGCAGUUUAAGCCAUUUCCCAGACAUCCUUGCUCUGGCCCCAAACCACUUCCUCCAGGCGCUACCUCCCAUUUCUGUGAGCGGUAACAUCAUGCCCUUAUACUGAGUAAACAAAAUACUUAAAAUGUGCCUGUUAAGAGCUGGGUCAGAAGAAUCAGAAAUAGAUAAGGUGCACCUAAGCUCAGUAGAGAAAAGGAAGGAAAACACCAAGGAUCCCUUCACUAAGAGACUAGGGUUAAGAGGAAUAAGCAAAUGAAUAGCACAAAGAAGGGGCAAGAACUUGAGGGGAGAGAAAGACAGACAGACACAGAUAGAGAGACAGAGACAGACUUUAAGAACAGAGAGCCAACUAAGCUAAGACUUAGUUGGAGAACCUGGAAGUGUGAAGUGGAUGAGUAGAAAGAGGAAGAAAAAAAAGUCAGGAACUGGAGGCAUAAUAAAGGAAGCUUGAGUGAAAAUCUAGGUCACAGCAGAAAGUUGCUGCAACUGAAAGGUAACGUGAUCGUUAGUCCUGACAGCCAAGCCAAAAAGUUAUGUAGUUUUUAGUACAUAAUUAUACAAACUUGCCAUGGUGGAUUAGGAGAAAUGUUUUCCUACAUUAUAUUAUUGCAAAUGAAUAUAGCAAUCUUCAAAUGACAUUAAAAAAUAGAUAAUUUAUUUGUAGUUCUUUGAUGUUCUUGUCACAAGAUAUGAAAUCAUUCUUCAAAUGGCUCAUUGACUGUGUUGAACAGUCAGAGUCGUGAUACCAAGUUAUAAGCUGCUGAAGGUCUUUCUUCCAGGAACUAAUGUAAUUUAGUAGUGACAUAAAACGUCCUGAGGGUUUACCUUGGCAUGGAUCAUACAGAGAAAGAUCCACUGGUCCUGCUCUCCUUAAGAGUCAGUUGUUUCUACCAAGCUUUUAACAAAAUCUUGUUAGUCAGUUAUAUGUAUAAUAAUUUUAAGGAAACCACUGGCAUGGGUUUGGUAACUGAACAAAACCAGAAGGCACAAAAUGGUGACUUAAGUAGAAGUCUAAUUGCCUUUGUUUGUAGAAACAGAUGUCUGAUUAGAAACCCUGUUGCCUCUCAUGGACUGCCACCAUCCUGUUUGUCCCAUAGCUCUGUAUAGGAGAGAACACCUGCUGUGACACUGGAGGUGGGACAGGUAUCAGUGAAUGUACAUGCCAAACAAUGGGUUUGGAGCAAAUAAUUAAUUAGAGUGUUUUCUUCUGCUACGAAAUGAAAAUAAUUGAUAGACUCUUCUGCGGAGUCACAUUGAGAAUAGCCACCCAUUCAUGCACGCGUGCACAGGUGGGAACACAUCUUUAUAGCCACCAAUCCAGAAGAAUGGAUGAGGCAUUAAAAAAAAAAAGCAGUAUUUCAUGUUCUUUGUGAAAAGAGAAACUUACAUGCAGAUCAUGAGUUAUUACUCAUAAACCCAAUGCUAUGUUCAUUUAUGAAUAUUGAAAUGCUUUAAACCAUGUAUUAAUCCUUAUAAAACUUUCUCAUACUAUACUCAAUGUCCAUGCAGAAUCCAAAGACCGAUUUUUUUUCUAAAUUGUACACUUACUGGUGUCAGGAUCCAUCAACAAAUACAUGCAUCCUGAUAUCACACUUUGUCUUCAAAUGCAAGUGAUAGUUUUAGCAUAAAUGGAUUUAGCAUAAAUCCAUUUUUAUUAACAUAUUAAUACUACAUAUUAAUUUGGCUUUUUGAUAUGAUAUAAACUAGCCUCUGUUUUUAUAGCCUACCUCUCCACUUCUUCUCAAGCAGUAGUACCCGCUCCUCUAUUUUGAAGUCCUUUUCUUAGCUUCCACACAGGGGAGAACACGUGUAUGAUAUUCAUCUUUCUCUCUUCCUUUCUUUCUUUCCUUCUUUCUUCCUCUCUCUCUCCCUCCCUCCCUCUUCCUUUCCCUUCUCUCCCUCUUUCUCUCCCCCUCCUUCUCUCCCUCUUCCUUUCUUUCUUUCUUUUUUGGUACCAGGAAUCAAAGUCAUGACCUCGCACUUGCCAGGCAGGCUCUGUGCCACUGAGCCAUAUUCCCAGCCUAGUAUUUGUCUUUCUGUGUCUGGUUUACUUUACUUAAGAUAAUGCUUUCCAGUCCCAUCCAAUUGACUGUAAAUGACAAGAUUCUAUUCUUCUUUAUGGCUUAAUAAUACACCAUUGUGUAUUUUAUAUAUAUUAUAUAUACACAUAUUACAUUGCCUUUUUUAUUUGUGCUAAAACUGUUUCUCAUGAAUAUCUAUUUCUUCUGAAAAGCCCCAAAAUUUGUAAUGUGUUAGCUGAGUAAUUUUGAGACAUCUGCUCAGGGAGCAGACUCUCGGAGCAGGUUCCACUGGACAGUUGCCUUUCAGAUCCCUGCAAUAGGAGAACAGCCCCCCCCCCCCGUGCAUAGCCUAAUAGCUUAAGGUUUUUAAAAGUUGACUAUAUCAGAAUUUAAUGAGAAUACUUAGGAGGCAAAAACUAAAUAAGUGUUCUGAGAACUCUGAGGCUUCUGUUUGAAGUUACUUGCGGGUCAGGGAUUUAGCUAAGUAGCAUAAGCACCAGCCUGGCAAGCAUUAGGUUGUGAGUUCGAUCCCUGGUACCAAAACAAACAAACAAACAGACAGACAAAACGAGAUACUUGAAACUCAAGAAGUAGAAUGCACACUUGUAACUUCUAAAACUGAUUCCUCAACAUGAUUCCACUGUAGACCUAAAUAUUAUUUCAGUGCCCUUGGUCAUUUGUGGUGUUUGCUUUUUAUCAUGUGGAGUCUGAGACCUUCCCCUUGUAGGUCCUGUUUGUAGGAGUGUUCACUUCCAGAGCUAUUUGCAACCCACUUGUCAACUGCCUAUAGCCUGACAUAACUGAAUUGCACCUCCACCGUAGAGUAAGCAUGUAGAAAAUCAGAGAGCCACUGGUUCAGUUGGGUUUUCUCGUAUUUACUGUCUUUCUAGGUCAUACUUUGAUUUGAUAUCUAUCUUUUAAGAAAUAAUGGUAGAGUAUAACAGUGUGCUUUAUAGAGAUUCUUUGGGAUUAGCAAGGUAUGCUCCUGGCGAAAUAACCCCUAAAAUUUCACUGUUAACUGUGUUUCUUUCUUUUUCCAUAGUUAUUGUCUUCAAGUUUUCAUUUUCCAAAUUAUUUUGUUAGAUGUUAUCUUUUUGGAGUCUGCCUUAAACACAUGUUAGAUAAAAGCAGAGAUAUUAGCUAAUCAAUACAUUAUUCAAGUACACUGAAAUCACUCUAUCAGCCACUGUUCCUUGAUUUUCUAUCUUCAGAAAAGAGAAAACAUAGGGUCAAUAUCCCCUCAAUACUUUAUGUACAAUAAAAUUAUUUAAUGGUACUCAGUGAUUGUGUGUCAAAAUCAGAUUACUUUCCCAAAACCAAUUCAUCUUUCUAGAUAUAUUGAUGGGUAUGCCAAUUUAUUAUAAAAUAUUGAGUAGCAUCGAUUACAAGACAAUCUUAAUUAGCUAAAGUUUGGGUACAUCUCUCAGCCAGUGUGAUAUGAAAACAUUAUGUUGUAACUUUAAUUGGCAGUGUUUUUUCUAAGUGGCAAAUGAAGUCAUGAUGAAUCUUAGAAUCAAUAAAGUCUUGGAUCUAAUGACAUACAAUGCCCUAAUUAAGCAUGACACAUCUUCAUUUUCCCAAAGACUUUCACAAGUCAAAUUUCUGUUGGUCAAUAUCUUUAAAAACAUUAGGAUUUGGUUUAAGGAUUCCCUUUUGUAAAACAUUUUUAAUAAUGCUAAUAUGGUAAUUAUUUCAUAAUGUGUCUGCUUCAUAAAAAUCAGAUUUUCAUUAUUGUAUUUCUUAACUGGGUAUACCAUUAUCAUAAUAAAUUCCAUUCAGCUGUUGUUUUCAGGUUUUUAUACAUAUACACAAAACACUCCAUGUCAUUGAAAUAUUAGGACUUUAUUUUUAAAAUUUAAAAGAAGUUUUUAUUCAAAGCAAAAUAUCAUGAUGUUGAAAACCUGCAGUUCUUAUAUGUGAAACUGUGUAUAUUAAUCUUAAUAAUUCAGUUAUGAUUCUUUUGCUGUAAAUCUCUUUGGUACAUUUCUGCUUUGAUUUAGUACCUUGUUUAAACAUUAAUGUUAAUGGGUAAUUUACUGCAGCUUCACAGAUGGUAUUCGAAUCUGUGUAAAUGGGCACUGGAAUCCUCUGUUCAACUCCAUGGAAUCUUGGGUUAACAUUAAUGUACAUGUUGAACUUAAACAGCUCUAAAACACUGUAAUAGAAUUUUCAUUAUCCCAUUCUAAAAACCAUAAAUUUUGAAGAGAUUUCUUGGGCUAAAUACUUUUACAUUGCUUAAAGUAUAACUAGCUCCUUGUUUUUGAAAUCACUAGUCCCCACAGAUUCAAAACAAACAUAAAAGAUAAAAUAUAUUACCUUGUCUUAGAACUGUUCUAAAGUUGUAGUCACAGAAGUUACAGUUCUUACUUUUCCACUUCCUUUACGAAAUGGUUUAUAGAAUCCACAAACACCCAUGGCUUUUAGUGUCUUUCCUUUGAUGUCCAUAAAAGACUCAUUCAAAGCUGGAGGUAAGUGCUCCUGAUGUGCACAACAGAAUUUGUCUGAAGUUAUUUGAAGCUAUUAGAGAUAUCCUCUCCCUGCCUGUCUUUUCAGGGGGGAAACUGGUACCAACAAUACCAGUUAAGCUGUAAUUAGUGUAACUAACAACUAAUAGAAGAGGGCAGACUAAAGGUCACCCUGAAGAAUCUGAAGGUAUUAACAGGUUAGGGUUGUAGGGCACCCUGUCCCUCAGCUUAAUCUGUUGCCUCUGCUGGUGAGAUUUGUUGAAGUCAUCAGUGCCCUUUAACCCUGAGGUGCAGCGCUCUCAUAAUUUAUUGGUCACAUGCCAAGUCCUCUUUGCUGUCUAGUGAGAUGACUUUGGGAAAGGCAAAUUCACUUUAAAGUUCCUGUUACAAAUGCCUGUAGAUUUUCAACCUUUUAGUGUAAAUGAAAGAUUACACUUUAAUUUGCCUUAAUGUUCUUGUCCUACCAGCCUGAGACUACAUUGAAAUUGUCAUUUUGCUACAUUACCGAAUAUGAUUUGUUGAGAACAUUUAACAUGUAUUAUAAGAGGAGCGCUUAAAACCUAACCAUUAAAUCAGAUGUUGUGUAACUGAUUCUAAUACAUACUAAAUAUUCCACUUUUUAUGGGCUACUUCUUCAAAUGUAAUUGCCCACCAGUGGCUUUUGUUUAUGUUUACAGUCAACUCUAAUGCACUUAAAGGAAAAGAAUAUAACAGAGGAAUAACCUUUUGUUUUCCUGAAGUGUAUUUAACCCCUUCUCUCUUCUAGUGUCUGCCUUUGGAUUUUUCUACAUCUUGCUUGUGAUACCAGCACAUCAACAACAGCACUGCAUAAGUUUUAUCACUUUUUUCUUUUCCCAUUGAAGUCUCACAUAUGUGACUGGUUCCUUAGUUUCUAUAUACAGUAAUUAGAAAAUUUUGUCUUUUGAAACAAGAGGCAACAGGAUAGCACUAGCGAGAAAUAAUUAAAGGGUACCUUUGCAUUUGAAUUCUUUAUUACUGCCUUAGCCUUGGGCUACUGUGAUUAUUAUAGUUUUGUUUUAUUUUGAAGCCCUAAGGAUUGAACUUGGUGUGCUCUACCAUUGCUCCAACUGCACCCUGUUUUACUUUUUAUUUUGAAAUGGCGUCUUUCUGAGUUGCCCAGACCUACCUCAAACACCAAAUCCUGCAUUGGCCUCUGGGUAGUGAAAGUACUGGCAUGUGUUAGUGCUCCCAGCAUGUUUUUAAAAUUGCAAAUUGUUAGCCAUCACAUAAGUUGGGGCAGGUCACAGUAGCUGAACAAAGUUUUAAGGUGACAAAUAUCAAACUAUAGGACCCCAAAGAAAAAACAGUUAGAAUUCAAGUUAGCUUAAGCCUCUGGACUCUGGGACAUUUGACUGGAAGAGCAGAUAUGUACAGAUCAUAGUUCUCAUUUAAGUACUACCACAAAUAGAUUGGAUGUAUUCUUUCCCUGAGUGCUGCAACUCUCAGUGUUUUAUACUCACAGCACAGGUAGUUUAUGGGUGAACUGUUUUUUUUUUUUUCUUUGUUUUGUUUUUGUUUUAAUAGGCCUUUGUUUAUUCUAAUAUGUUAGAAAAAGAUAAAUAACGCGUGAAACCCAUUGAAUGGACUAAAUCCAUUUUAUUGUAACUCAGCAAAGUAAGUGAGAGUUUACUAAGUUGAUAAAAGAAAUGCUAGGGGCUGGGGAUUUAGCUCAGCGGCAUAAGUGCCUGCCUUGCAAGCAGGCAGUCGUGAGUUCGAUCCCUGGUACCGAUAAAAACGAAAAAGACCAAAAAAAAAAAAAAAAAAAAAAAAAAAAGAAA